AUGGCUUCCCAACCACCGCAACAAGACACUUCUAGCCAACGAAGAGCCGACUUCGAAAAAUUCAAAAACUACACAGCCUACACCUUCCUCGUCGCCUCACCAGUCCUAAUUGCCCUCCCUCCCCGCAAACUAGACCACCUCACCGUCCUGCUCAUUGGUGCUUUCGGCUUCUCUGCGAAUCACGUCAUCCGCGAACAAACCGGGCGCAGCAUCGUCGAGCGGAUUGAGUCCCGCAUCGCUCGACCGCGCAUCCUGAACGAUCUUCCCUCUGAACGUGCGCAAGAGGUCCAGAUGCGGUUGCGUGCGGCGCGAGAAGCACAAUUGCGUGAAGGUGGUAUGCCAGCCGAUGAGUUGGAGAAGUGGAAGGCGUUGCAGAAGCAACAAGAUCAGGGUAUUGCGCAGCGGGUAUGGCUGGGUGGAGAGAAGGAAGGAUGGAUGGAGAGGCGGAUACAGGAGGAGCAGAAGGCUCUUGAGGAGGGUAAGGGGUAUGGAGAUUUGAUUUCGGAGUAUGUUUGGGAUGUAUGGAGUUGGGGGAAGAACAAGGAGGAAGAGGAUGAUGAUUAG